AUGUUUCGCUGGUACCGUGACGCAGCAAAGUGCUACGUGUAUCUAUCGGACGUUCCAGUUCGUGGCGGAAACAAUAACCAGAAUGAGCCGACAUGGGAAUUGGACUUUCGGAAAAGCAAAUGGUUCACACGAGGUUGGACGCUUCAAGAACUCCUUGCUCCGGCAUCGGUUGAGUUCUUUUCACAAGAAUGGGAGUAUUUGGGCAGCAAGACUACGCUCGAGCGGCAAAUACACGAGACGACGCAGAUUCCUAUUAAGGCUCUCCGCGGCGCUCCUUUACCUACUUUUGGCGUUGAGGAGCGAAUGCGAUGGAGAGCCAAUCGCAAUACUAAAAAAGAAGAGGAUAAUGCGUACUGUCUACUGGGGAUUUUCAACGUCUUUAUACCUUUAAUAUAUGGCGAGGGAGAAAAUGCGUUUCGCCGACUUCGAGAGGAGCUCGCUAAGGCCCCAGAUGCUUGGCUUCAUGACACCAAAACCGCGUUACGAGCAUAUUAUUUGGAUGCCAAUCGUCCUUUGAUCCAACGGAUAUCUGGUGACCCGCUCCCGAUGGAUCGUUGCUACAUCAAUCUUGCUAUUGUGGAGCGAUCAAUUAGGGGGAACCGCGAGCGAGACUCCUCCCCUUUGUCCAUAUCCGCCGAGCCUGAAGUUGAUUCAACUGAUAAGGAUAGUCAGGUGUUGCUACCCGAGCUCUUCAGACAACGCAAAGGAUUGGACGGCAAGCCGUUUGUACCAAAGCGGAUCUUGAUUCGAGGACACGCGGGAGUUGGGAAGACCACGUUAUGCAAAAAGAUUGUACACGAUUUCCUCCACAACGGGAUGUGGCAGCCAUUAUUUGAUUGGGUUCUCUGGAUUCCUCUUCGGCACCUCAAAGGCAAUUUUGGGAGGAUAUAUACCCUUCAGAAUCUGGUCAAGAACGAAUUUUUUGCCCAGGAUCUGAAUGGGACACACUUUUCGCAAGCCUUGUGGAAGUUCACAGCUGAAGAAAGGACCAGAAAUAAAGUUUUGUUUAUCCUUGAUGGUUUGGACGAGGUUUCCCAGGAAUGGGACCCGGAGACCCCCAUGAAUAAGCUUCUUCGUUACCUUUUGCAGCAACCCCAAGUCAUUGUCACAUCCCAGCCAUACGGGAUCAAUCUGGAUAGCCUGGGACAAUUCGACCUACAUCUCGAGACCGUUGGAUUUCAGCCCAGCCAAGUCGAGGCAUAUGUGAAUGAUCCACACAUUAUGCAGGAUGAAACUUUGGCACGGGAGAUCUUGACAUUCAUCCGUGAGCAUCCACUUAUUCAAGAGCUCGUUCAGAUCCCGAUUCAACUCGAUGCGCUGUGUUAUAGCUGGGACCAAGAUCUCCGCCAAAGCGACAUUUCCAAAUCGAUGACCACCAUCUAUCAUGCCAUUACGAUGAAGUUAUGGCGGAAAGAUAUUAUUCGUUUAGGAAAGGUAUACGGAGGGAAAUCUCUGAACGAGCACCAUGCGCAGUCCUUCAGGAGCUGGCGGCAAAUUGAGAAAGUCGUUCGAGAAGAAAUGUCCUUCCUUGAAUGUCUGGCAUUUACUGGCCUAUGCAAUGAAGUGAUCGAGUUCAACUCAAAGGAUCGAGAUCAAGUGUAUGAGCACUUGUCAGAGAUGGCCGGCGACCUCAUGCAUGAUGAAAUAAUGCAAAAAAGCUCCUUUGUACGCUCAUCCGAUAUUUCCUUAGACGAUCGCGAGCGAAGUUAUCACUUCAUACAUCUGACCUUCCAGGAGCUUUUUGCCGCGCAAUAUUUUGUGAGGCAUUGGGCAAGGCGCGAUCCCAUUUCAUGUUCGACACUUCGAGGAAGAGAGCCACUCUCCGUUUCAACCACACUCACCACACCUCAGGAAUUUUUCCAGAGGGAGAAAUACAAUCCACGGUAUGCUACGUUGUGGCGCUUUGCUGCGGGUUUAUGCCAAGCUCGUUGGUCCCGAAAUGAUCCAACAUUUACGCUCCUGGAAGAAUAUUUACAGGCCUGGAAUGCCGAGCCUCGGGAUCUCUUAGGUCCUGUGCAUCAACGACUUCUCAUGCACUGCCACAGCGAAGUGACCGUAUCAUCCGAUCUUAUACGUGGUCUCCGAGAGAAGACAGAAAACGAGUUAUUGCAGUGGCUAUUGUUUGAAAGCAACUCCGAAUCGGGUUGCAACUUGGGCCGGGAAAGGGAAUGUCCAGAACAUGUCUUGAACACCAUCUUACAAAAACAGUCCGAAAACACAAACUUUAUGCUUUACGUGCGUUAUCCUUACGACCAAGCGUGUCACCAGCAGCGUUAG